AAAAAUCGCGUUAGUUUUGUAAAUCAGUAUUGACGGAAUAAUGACAUAAAGCGACCAUGUCCAAAGCAACUAAGGCUCUCAAGAUAUGCAAACAAUUAACAGGAAACUCCUUAGAUUGUAGUUCGAAAGUCCUGAGAUGGAUCUACACUAUGAUAAUUAGACCUAAGAUACCGUAUGGCGCGGUUGCGUGGGGAAUGAGGGCCACCCUAUCGACAGGUCUGACAAUGCGCACCUUCUCAACAACUGCAUUGGCCGUAGUCCUCGAGCUAUCACCGCUUCAUAUUGUUAUUCAGCAGUCAGCCAAGCGUUCCUUAUUUAACAUGACAAGCAAAGAAAUCACAAAUGCCAUAACUUUUAAGAAGAGCUUCAGAAUUGAACUAGGCAUUAAGGAAAUUUGGAGUGCUUCUAAACACGUAUCCUACACUAAUAUACAAAUGGUUCGAAGACAUCACGAGGAAUAGGCUCUGGGAUCUAUGGUCCAAAAACCAAAUCUGGCC